GAUUGGGAAAGCUCUAAUUUGAUCGUUUUUGGAUACCAAUAAAAACACCUUGUUUUUUCCUUUUACAUGCUUCAAGACGGUCCUGUCGAAUGCUGCCCAGACGCAAGUCUCUGCACAGUGCAAGACAAGUUGGCAUGCAAGAGUCAAGCUAGGCAAACUGCCUUCGCAUGACGCAGCCCAAACCUUUUCUCCAAGGUAUCAUCACGCAGUUACACUGGUACUCAAUAGCUACGUAGCUUGGAGCACGUUCUUGCGGUGGCAGACAGGCAUUGACCUGAUGGUCUUUUGGGCGGCAAUUUGCAGCUGAGAGUUUGGGGUGCAUCAAUGGAAGCCCAGGAGGGGCUUGACCCCUGGUUGCGCGACUUUGAGGAAGCAAUGCGCCUCACGGAUGAUGUUGCGAGCAGAAUCCAGGAGAUUGAGGGGCGGACACGAUCCGGGGAGGACGUCUCCCGCGUAAUCCACUCUGCCCGGAAGCGCAUCCGGCGGCUCACUGCCACCGCGGACAAGCUGGAGGAGGUGCUCAACAAUGGCCAAGACGCAGAUGGAAUAACUGAGAAGGAGCUGUACCGGAGGAGAGACAUGGUCAUGGGGAUAAGGUACAGAGCCAGGAGUCAGGCGGCCAUGCUUCCGGCACAGAGCAGCCAGCCAGCUGGCAGCUGGUCUCCCCUGACUCCAACCCAGCCAUCUCGGUGGGACAGAGCUGGCCCAUCGGAGGAGGGCGCUUCGAGCACGCGGGAGCUGAGGGCAGAAGAUUCGGAGGUUCAGCCAAAGGAGGCUAGUGACGGCAGCAGUACAGACAAGCACAUGGUGCUGGAAGUGCGCGACACCCCGGCCAGCCUGCACCAGUGCCUGCUGGAGACCGACCCUGGGCAUGAAGCGGAGCUCUCUGACGCAUCCAGAACGGAGAGUGGCAUGCUCGUCUGGAUGAAACAACAAGCGGGUCGCCAUUAUCAGUGCCCUGGACGCCCGUCCAGAGCCUUUCACAGCAGCCUGAAGGUCAACAUCAGCGCCAACACUCAACGGGGCCAGCGUAAGCAGACCCCAGGACAGCGCCGAGAGGCCCAAGGCAACGACAUCGACCAGACGCGGCUGCAACACGCCGUCACCCGAGCGGAUACCCUGUUUGCGGAACACGUAGCCCUGGACGGCACCAAAGCUGUUGAGCGUCAUCUCUUCGCAGCCCGGAAGGCCAAGCUCCAGCACCGCAACGUCACCACCAAGCAGCGUGGGGUAUACGAGGCCAUCAGGGAAAUCCCUGAGAUCCUUCCCCUCAAGUGGCGUCAACAGCGGAACAAGCACCUCGCUUGCCCGCCCAACACGUCACGCCGCCUGCCCACUACCCGGGUGCCUAAGCCUGCGCCUCCUCCGAUGGUCCACAACCCCACCUGGCGUAAGCAGCACCGUGCCGACACUCCCAGGCCCCCAGGCUUUGGAGACAAUCGGCGUGUGCACUUUGCCCCCCCGGCAAGGCUGCAUCAGGGUCCGGUGUACCCGACCCAACCCGUCUUCAGAAGGCUGGACAAGCAGACGUACCGGGGCCCCUACCAGCCGGCUCCCUACCGUCCGCCCCAGCUUUUCCCCAAGUACCCGCAGUACCGUCAGCCAUACCCGCAGCAGUACCAGCAGCAGCCGUUCCGGAAGCUGACCUGGAAGUCCAACAACUACUACGAGCCCCUGAACUAG